AUGGCAAGUGAGGCUCCUAGUUGGGCAGAUCAAUGGGGUGCCGGAGGGAUCGGAGCCAUGGAAGCCGAGGACACCACAAAUACCAACAAAGAUGCAGUGAAAAACACCAAGAAAUCAGGGCUCAGUAAAGCCAAAUCAUUCGCCACAGCAGGGGCACAGAAGGUCAAGAACAGUACCUCAAUGAGCUUCAACUGGGUAAAGAACAAGUGCCAAAAGAAAAACACUUCUUCUUCAUGA